AUGAUAGUUGUAUUGAAUACACAUAUUCGCAAUGGCAUGAAGUUGAGUGAUGUCAUGAUCGAGCAGUCAGCUUUUGUGGAAGGUAGAUCGAUUCUUGAUAAUGCCCUUAUUUCCAUAGAAGUUAUCCAUGCUUUGAAGAGGAAGACUCAGGGUCGAAGAGGUGAAUUGGCGCUGAAGAUUGAUAUUAGUAAGGCCUACGAUAAGGUAGAUUGGGGUUUUCUCCCCGGGGUUCUGACUAAGAUGGGUUUUACUGAAGUUUGGAUUUGGUGGGUUAUGAUGUGUGUUAGUUCAGUUAAUUACUCGAUACUUAUGAAUUAUGAACGAGUUGGCCCUAUUUCACCAAGUCGAGGAUUGCAGCAAGGUGAUCCGCUUUCUCCUAAUUUAUUUAUUCUAGUGACCGAGGGAUUAACUUCUCUCAUUCACCAAGCUGUUGGAAGGGGUGACCUUCAUGGUGUGAGGAUUUGUCGUGGUGCUCCAGAGGUUUCUCAUAUUUUAUUUGCAGAUGACUGCUUCUUUUUUUGUAGGGCUAAUGUAGCUGAAGUGCAUGAACUUAUGAGAAUAUUACAUACUUAUGAACAAGCUUCGGGUCAGGAAAUUAAUUUAGCAAAGUCUGAAGUUUUUAUUAGUCGGAAUAUGUCUCCAGUAGAUAAAGAAGAACUCUCUCGCAUUCUUGGUGUCAAACAAGUGUUGGGUACUGGUAUAUAUCUUGGAUUACCUUCUAUGAUUGGAAGAAGUAAAAAAACAAUUUUUUCCUACAUCAAGGAUCGUAUUUGGAAGAAAAUGAAUUCUUGGAGAGGGUGUGCGUUGUCAAAGGCCGGUAAGGAAGUAAUGAUAAAAUCGGUUCUUCAGGCGAUACCCUCCUACAUUAUGAGUAUGUUUAUUCUUCCUUCCUCACUUAUUGAUGAUAUUGAAAAAAUGCUAAAUGCGUUUUGGUGGAGUGGCGGUAAUAAUAAUAAUAAUAUCAAUAAUAAUAAAAGUAUUCAUUGGUUAGCAUAG